AUGGGUCAAAAAAGAAUCAAAAUAGAAUUGAUAAGGAAGGAGAAAUCUCGUAUGCUUACAUUCAGGAAGAGGAAGGCAGGUUUGCUUAAAAAGGCUUCUGAGUUCUCUAUUCUUUGCGGUGUUGAUGCAUGCGUAAUAAUCUUUGGACCAAAGGAGAAGGAUGAUCAUCAGCCUGUAGCACCUGAGACUUGGCCUCCAAGUUCUGAAGAGGUUAGGUGUAUUAUCAAUAGGUACAAGGGUAGUGAUCAACCAAGAAGAUGUUAUCAGGUUUCUGAUUACUUUGCUGAUAAAAAGAAACAGAUUGAUUCUGAGCUUGCAAGAUUGCACAAGCAAAUUAUCAAAGCUAAGUACCCUGCAUGGGAUGAUCGUCUCAACAGGCUUUAUGCAGAUCAAUUAAGGGUUAUUGUUGGUCAUUUGGAUACUAAAAUUGAUCUUGCUGACAAGAAACUAGGAAGUUUCAACGCAAAUCAGUAUGUCAUGGGUGCACCAGGGGUGCAGGCUGCCUCGCUUAGUCCAAGCGUUUCUCACGAUAUGGAAAGCUACAUGAAGAGCAGAGAUGACAAUUUCCUGCAGCUUAUUCACAAUUCGAAUCCCUUUGAUGCUCAACCACCUAUGGUAUUCUACCCUGAGCAGAGUUCUCACGUGACCAACUUACUGGAGAGGAAGUGUAGCAAUGGCUACUCAACAGACUUGCAGGUUUACUAUGAACCAAGGCCUUUAGAUGAUCAGUUACCGGUCGGUUUCCAAUCUAAACAGACUUCUCAUGGGACUACAAGGAAUGCAAGUUUUUGGGAGAGCAACAAUGGCAACUGCUAUUCAACAGACCUGCAACUUUACUUAGAACCAAAUCCAUUGAACGUUCAACCACCAAUGCAUUUCCAACCUAAGCAGAAUGCUCAUAGGACUUCGUCAUAUCUACAUGCAAUGGAAGAUGCGAUUAUGAAGAUGGCUUGCGAUCCGAAUACCAGCGAUCAAUUUGGUUGUAAGCUGUCUAGUAGUAGUAAUCUGCCUUGUGCUAACCGCACACCAUGGAUGUGGGAUAAUGUAUGGUUCAACAAUGCUGAUUCCUCAUUGAGCUAUAUUUCUCCAACCAAGCAGCCAAUUAUGCCAUCUAUACAAUUUCCCAUGUCAAGCUUUCCUCAUCAGAUGCAGUCUUCUGAAGCAAGUGAUUUCACUGGUAACCUUGGGUUUGAAGGGAAGGGUCAAGGCUACAACUAG